UAAGCUAUGGGUGUGCUGCAAGGCUAACUUAGUACCACUGCGGUAGCCUAGCCGUUCUGUUCUGAUCAGCGUUCAGUUCAGUUCAAUUCUUCCCCUCCUCAGUGGUGGGAGUAUCCCGUGGAAAAUCUUUCUGGAACCGCACACCUCCAUGGGAUCAGUUCUGACCAGAAGUUUGAAUAGAGUGUGCGCGCGUGUGUCGUUGCGUUUACGCCUCACCUGAAAGUGGGUAAACUUGCAAACAGAUAGAACAAUCUAUCGAUCGGGAAUUGAGUGUUUCUAGUGUGCAAAUAGUUAAACGUACUUACAGCUCGGAGUGAUCGGUUAGUGACAAUCCCGUGCAAAAAUGUCUUUCAUAAUGGAGAAACUGUUCAACGGCUACAAUCAGUUCAUAUUGGAUCAUCGAGAUGAUCGGAGUUUGCACCUACCGCUGAUGGAUGGCACCUGGCAGGUGCCGACGAUCAUUGCGGUUUAUCUAAUGACGGUGCUCAAGUUUGGACCCCGCUUCAUGGAGAAUCGCAAGCCGUACGAUCUAAAGAACUGGAUCCGGUUGUACAACGUUGUUCAGAUUGUGGCCAACAGUGGAUUCUUCCUGUAUGAGAUCUACCUGCUCGCCAAACGGCCCAACUUCUCCUACGUCUGCCAACCGGUGGACUUUUCCCGCAAUGCCAGUGGCUACGAGGAACUCUACAUCUCCUAUGCGUACUUCCUGCUCAAGGUGCUGGACCUGGCCGAUACCAUGUUCUUCGUGUUGCGCAAAAAGCAAUCGCACGUUUCCUUCUUACAUGUCUACCACCACGCCAUUAUGGUUGCUAUGACCUAUCUGGGGGUGCUUUUCGUUCCAGGCGGUCACAUCUACCUGCUCGGGUUGUGGAACACACUGGUCCAUGCCGUCAUGUACGGCUACUACUAUCUGGCCUCGUACGGAUCGCCUCUGGCCGCCCGGUUCAAAAUGUACAUGACCCGCAUGCAGCUGGUGCAGUUCAUCCACCUGGGCAUCCACUUCGGUCGUCCGGCGCUGACCAGGCUGGACUGCGGAUUCCCCCAGGUGUGGCACUGGAUCGGUUUCGGACAGGCCAUCUUCAUCCUGGGCAUGUUCCUGGACUUUUACAUCAAAUCGUACGUGAAGAAACCGAAGAAGCAGUGAGAGGCAACAUCGAAGGGGGACAUAUACACAAUGGGAAACCGUGCUUGGGUUGUUCGUGUGAUAUCGAAAAAUUUCGGCAAUGCACUGUGGUUCCCUGAGGGUGAUUCAACGAAGUUGAUAAAACGAUCGGUUCUGUGAACCGGUCUACGCUAUAUUACGUAGUACGUGGGGUAAGUCAUAUUGUGAUGUGAGUACUCGCUAGACCUAAGACUGCUUGAAACAACAUUUGUGAAUCUUCUGUAAUAAAUCUGUAUGAUUAGUGAAAAA